AAAUAGUCCGUGAUCAGUAUAAUUCAGCCGAAAAAUAAGCGUCAAUAGUUGGAAAUCUUCUUCGAUUACUCUGUAAGUUACUGUGAUUCGAGUCUAUCUCUUCAUUUGUAUGCGUGUAUACAGCGACUGGAAUGGCGACGGAAGGGCAGAAGCCAUCAGCUGAGGAAGUAAAGACCGAUCUAUUUGAAGAUGACGACGAGUUUGAGGAGUUCGAAAUUGAUCGAGUGUGUGAGGAUUUGGCCGAUUGGGAUGAGCAAAACGAAGGCGAAGUAAUAAAUCAGCAAUGGGAAGAUGACUGGGACGAUGAUGAUGUGAAUGAUGAUUUCUCUAUGAAGCUGAGGAAAGAAUUGGAGAGCGAGGCUAAGUCCACAUAACUUUGCUCAUGUUUUACACCGAUUUUUGUCUUAGGUUGUGCGUUGUGAUUCUGGUUACUGAAUAAUUUUCUUAAUUCAUUUGCCUUAUUGCCUA